AUGCCUUUUCAAAUUCAUCUCAACAGUUGGAGUGAGUGGCUCGAUUUUAUUCAUGAUCGAAUUGGAUCGGAAAAUCAAAUUACGGAACAAUACUUGUCGUAUUACAACAAGAAGAAAAAGUUGUUAUGUCCAAAGCAUAGGGACAGAACCAAAUACGAUGCGUUUAUUUCUCAGGCUAAUCUUACCGGUAGUCGGAGGACAAUACCCAUUCCUAAAAACACUAAAAAAUUGAAAUAUAGUGCAAACUUUGAUCAUGAUGCCGCUGAAAAUGAUACCAAAACUCCACUUGCAAGAAUGUGGAUUAUGCAAGAUUUGACUCAAAACACAAAGCACCAAGUCAGCGCACCAAAAUCCGACCUCGAAACAAGUGAUGAAAAGGUGGAUUCUCUUUGCAAAUUAAUUAGAGAAAACUUUGACGAUGAGCUCAAGUUUAAAGUCAUUUUGAUGAUUCCAACGUUCAGUAACCAGCCAGCAGCCAACCCCAAGUGUUAUGACAUUUAUUUCUCUCAAGAGAAGAUACUGCAAGACCAAAGAAUAACAGCUACUAGUAUACUCGAUCAACCCAUUCUGACCUAUCAUAAGUAUAGAACUCUUUCAAAGUACUUUAACCGCAAAAUGCAACAAUACAUGUUGCAAAAUUUAGACACCCUUGAUCUAAACAAAAUUUUACGGUCAACAGUCUCAAAUCACAACGCCGUCAACAUGAAUGAUACUGGUAUUUUUUCCAAGCUUGCAUAUCUUCUUUGUUUUAUCAAUGCCAAAAAGCAAUAUUUAUGUAACUACACUAACUGUUCAGAGAACAUGUAUGAGAUCUAUCCAGAAGUACAUAGAGCGAUCAUGAAAUGCAUGUUUCAUUACUGGCUGGAGAGUCAAGACGUAAAAAAUCGAUAUGCAUCUGUUUACGAGGAUCUGGAAGAUACUGAUACUGAUCUUUCGACCGAAGAAAGUUUUACACCAGAACAAUCUGAUCAAGAGGCACGUUUAGACGUUGAUGAAGAGACUCUUUUGCAGUCUGUAUCGCGCAGAGUAAUAGAAUAUCGAAAAAUGAUAACUUCUUCUGAAAGUACCUCAAUCGUCAAGAAAAUUGAACAAUUUAAAAAUUUGGAUUCUGAUAAUCAAGAGAUUAGUGUGAAAUUUGAAAACAAUAACCUUGAAAUAACAGAUCCAACAAAGAUCUGUGCUCACUAUGAACAUAUUGGAAUGGCAGAAGCAUCAGAAUUUGAUUAUUCCUCUUUAUCGGCUUUCAAUACAGGCUUUCCAAGCUAUCCAACUCCAAGACUUUGUUUCUAUUUGAACAGUAUUUUUAGAGUUGAGUUGAAAAAAGUUCUACCUUCUUUGUUCAGCGAUUUUUUCGCCGAGACCAUCGUGUUAUUCAAAACUAUAACAUUUGGAAAUGUGGGAUGGUAUCCAAUUAACAGCUUGUUAUUGCAUAUCAUUGUGGAAAAUGGAAAAACAGUUCCAAAAGGUUUAACUGAACAAGAUUUACUGAAAAAAUCAGAAUGUAGGCCUGACAAACGGAUUAGCCUGAACUUUGUGAACUUCAAAAUUGAAGAUUUGAGCAUGAUGUUGACCAACGAUAGACAUCUUCGCAGACCUCAUUCAAGAACUGGAGCACCAUCUCUGUUAAUCAAUUCACAUACCUUGUCCUCACAAUAUACCAAGAAAUUGACACAACAGAUUUUGAAAUAUGUCGACAACAGAGUAGAAACUAUUAGCUUUUGGAAUUAUGAAAUUAGAUUUAAAUCUAUUGGACAUGAAUUAGUUUUCUUAAAAAAUUUCUUUCCUCAAUUACGUGACAUUAACAUGCUACUCAGUCAACGUUCAAAUGAUUAUGAUAAGCUAGCUCCAGUUUCCAAUGCUCUCUCAGAUAUUAACACCACAAGUAUUCGAGAUUUAUGGCAUAACAGGCAUGAAUGUUCCUUUGAUAAGAUUAACAUAUUAAUUGAAGGACACAAACCAUUAGUUUUGGACAUUAGAAAUACUACUGCCUACACAGUACCACAGCCAAAAGAUGAAGACCCCAUUUUAGAGAAUCUACUUUUUACUCAGAACUCAGCAACAGCAAACGAAUCAACAGAUUUGGAUAACGAAUUAACUCUUAAACUGAUGCACGUUGCUCAAUUGAAAUGGGACCAUCUUCAACAACUCACACAAAAACCUGGCUUUUACGUUCAUAUCAACAGCAUCAUUUUACAUUUGAUAUAUCAAAAACAAGUUCCAAUUGCUGUAAAAAAGGACCUUGUACAAAAGGCCCUUAAUGAGCUUUCAAUUCCUAUCAAAAAACUCAUUUUAACUAACAAUACUAGCUACAUCGAAGGAUCACGAGUCGUGGAAGAGUAUUUGAUCUUUAAAGCAAAUCAAAGUGGUGAAAGCUUGUUACAUAUUGGCCAAGGCAAUCCAAAUGGUAUUGGUCAAAAACUGCUUUGUUGUUUAUACUAUGGAUGGAACGUUUUCCAAAAUACGAAAGAGCUUGAGAAUUUAUUCUUAAUACUGCUUCAGCAGUCAUAUAGAGUUGAAAGCAUGAAGCAUUUACUGGAUUUGCUUACGGCAAAAGUAAUUUACGAAAACGCAAGCAGACAAUUAUUUGUUAAAUAUAUUGCUCAGCAUAUUUAUGGGCAAGUCAGAGAAGAAGAAAUUGAUGAAAUUUUGGCAGCUAUCGAACACGGAAAAGAGCAUACUUGUUCAAACAAUGCUGACUAUGACGAGUGUAGGAAGAUAUUAACACUAUUUUUUACUUAUUUCAGCAAGCCAAAGCAUGACACUUUAUUCAAGGAUCAAAUGUUACAACUUGAUGCUAAUAAGCUCUUUUUCAUGAUUUUGAGUGCCGUUGCUCAAGGCGAUGUAGAUAGGGUGGAGGUAGUUCUGAAUUUAGCUGUUGAAUUGGAUUAUUUCUCUGAAGUUUUUAACAAAACAUAUACGGCUGUCACUAUCAAAAAUCAUCUAACACGAGAAGCAAUCACGAAACAAGUUGAUCUUGAACCGAUGGAACUAAGCAGGACUAAACAAAUGUUGAGAAACAUUUAUCAGAAAAAAUUGCCUUUGGAUGAAAAGUUUACAAUUUCUACUCUUGAUGCAGCGGUCUAUAACUGUAUUGCAAAUAUUGAGGUUGAUUUGUUCUCUACAAUGGUGCGAUCAUCAAGCAUACCCUUAAUUGUGUUGCAAGGUAUUUUAGAAAAGAAAAUCAACGAAAAUCAAUUACUUUUUGCAGAUUCGUUAGGUAAUACCUGUCUUCAUUGUGCAUUAAUUACUGCUAUUGAACAUCCGUCCUUCUAUCAUGCAUUACUGACAAAGCAACCCAAGUUGCUAAACAUGGUCAACAACGAUUUAAACACUGCAUUGCAUAUUGCGUGUUACAAAAUUGACUUGCUUCCAACUAUUGCUCGAAUACUGGUUGAUUACGGAGCAAAAUUGGAUGCAUUAAAUUGUCAAGGGCUAACCCCAUUCGAGAUUGCAUGCCACACAGUGAAAUGUAAUUUGGCUAGCUCUCAUCUUGUCCAAGAUUUAUCUUGGUUGAUGCCAAAUGUAACAGAUUUCAAUAAGAUGGAAAUAUUCCAGCGAAUGGUUACAGAGCAGAGAGAUCUCUAA